UGAUGUCAGUUUCUUCCGAACUCGUCCGGCGCAAACAGUCACCGAACUAUGCCCGAGUCGCCGAAUGGGCUUCAAUUCAAACAAAACUGCCUGUAAGUAGAGAACUCCGAGGAUAUGCUACAAUGAGAGGUGAUUUUGGGACAAUCUUUUUCAAUGUUCGAGAGAACUGCGCAUCUGAUUGCUAAUGUUACAGAGCUGAGUAUCGGCUGCCCAGGAAGCAAACCCCCAAUCUCUUGUUGUAAUGCAAAACAUGCCGUCACCGAAGCGUCUUUCCAACAGAGCCAUGACAGAUGGUAAACCGGAUGGACGGCCGACCACUCGCUCUCCAGCUCCAGCGGUUCAUGUCCCUAUAUCGCCCGCGAGAAUUCCAGAAUGGGCGUGGCAGCAUAUAGUAUCUUAAAUAUAAAGUAAAGCUCGAUUAUGCCGCAGAACGCCGUAACAAGAUUCGAGAGCAGCGGCAGUGAUGGCGGCGUUCUGCGGUGAAAGCGGCAUGGUAUCCAGUAUGUUCAACUGGGUAAACGCGAUGCCGCGCUCAAUCCGAUCUCAUGGCGCUAAAGUUCCACCUGCACAGUGAAUCAGGGGACUUCUACAGAGUACUCCGUAGGUGAUUCAAUCAAUACGGAGUAGGUACCCGCAGUUGGCAUCUCGGCAUCACCGUUGGAGUCCCUCUACCGGUAAGCAACGACUUUGGUUUUCGCUAACUCUCGGGUCGUUGGGCUAUGCCAGGUUCCACGGGCCAUCGGCGUUCAUAAUUCGGAAUGUUUAUGUGAGGUCGCCGUCUAGAUCCUCAUCUGGAUUUAUCUCGCCUCAUGUAUCGCUUCAUGGCAAGUCAGGUCGGAGCGCCCCGAGAAACGAAACACCUCAUGGCCUGACAUGGGGAAUGUUCCGGGAAUGAUGAACCCUUUGAUCAUUGCCAACCCUUGGUCAGGUAUGAUUAUUGGCUGGUAACGGCUAUGCUGCUUUGACUUACCUACCCGGGACCAGUUUGUAAUUCCACAGUCUCGAGGUAGAGUGCAAAGCUGAUGUGUCGACUCUCGAACGAUAGUCAGUCGAGCAAACGAAGUUAUCUCGGUGAAUGCAGUGCACCCCAUCUAGUUUACCCAAAACAGCCAAGCAUCUGUCGAUUUUUUCGAAUGAGGUGGGCUUUACAUGCAGCAUACUCGAACCUCUCAAUAUCAUACAAGUCAAGAAUGAGACUAUUCACAUGUUGCCCGCGUCAAUUGUCUCAUUUCUAGUCCAUGCACCUCGAUAAUAUGAUUCAUUUUUUAUGAAUACAUGAUAAAUAUGCGGACCAGAAGUUCUGAGAACCAGCCAUAGUCAAGCUUACUAUCUUGUGCCUGCGCAAUGCUCUACCCGUUUAUCGACAAAUUCUCAACAAUCAUCCAUCGUCGGAUAGCAUUGAAACACUCAUAAUAACUCCAUAAUCUCAUACAAGUGAGUAAACUUUGGUAGUAUAUUUAUGGAAGGAGACAGAAGAAAAGGACAAAUCUGGCCUUACCAUGGACACGAUGGCAACUCAAGCGGCUUAGGACUAACCCAUACUCGCACACUCAACACAAUAAGUGCUUACCACCCACAUUUGCACAUCUGUCAUUGGUAGACCGGACUCCAUGUCACUCUCGUGUAUUGGUGAAUCAUAUCGGUUCAAGAUAGAAUAGGCCUCGUGAUCGGACCCGAACCAGAGGAUUAUACUUUUAUACUAUUGCGUCAAGACCAGACCACUGCAUUGAGCUCAAUAAGGGCCAUACACCUGUCCAGCGCUAACGUGGCUAGAGAUAAAUACUUUCUACAACCAGUGUAUCUUUGAUGGCUUCGAAUUCGAUGAUGACUUUGCUCAAACCCAAGACCUCUGCGGCUGAAGAGAGAGACCAGAACGACCCUCAUACCCUUCAAAAAGAGGCCAAUACCACAUUGUGCGUUCCAUAUGAUGAGAUGAUCCAGAAUCUUUGAUCAAUGUACCAAAGAAGGAUAUGACUGUAGCUUCAGACAAGGCUCCUUCGGCAUACACCCUCUCUUGACCUCGGCAGCCUUUCUUCGGGAACACUAACACCUCCAUCCAAAGCCUCCCGCCUACUACCUCACCUCGCUUGGAUGCACGGCAUCACAACUAGCCGCCCCCAGUAGAUCACACCAAGCCACGCUACUCGAGCUGACCAGGAUGGACAGUUGCAUUGUGCAGCAAUAAUGGCAAUUCGACAUACCGACUCGUGCGAUUAAUGUGACCCCUCGUUAGUCAGGUCUGGGACCGAUAUAUCCUGAUGCACAUGAUCGCCUGCCGGUAUCGUAUCGACUUGCUUGAAAAGCUCCUAGGUACUAAUGUUGAUCUACGAAUAUCCUUAGCUCGUAGAUUCCCUUUGGGCACUAUAAUGACAUCACAGUUAUUCAUGGUGCAAUUUCGGGAGUCCGAUUAUUUCGGGAGGCUAUCAUUACGAUGCCAAACUGUUAUCGACUUGCACCCAGAUAAUCAUACAUGGAGCAAUAACCGACGAUGACGUCGGUUACACCUGGAAGCAAUCACUCGCUCUCUGGUCAGCUAGUUAAGUAUAUUUGCUAUCUGCAACGGGUACGAAGUUGCAGAAAGCCUCAUCACCUGCAUCAACACUAUUUAUAAAUACAACAUUGCAGAAUAAAUAAUUGCAAUAUAGGGGAAUACCGUACCGAACGACGAAGAAACAGUAUAUGCAAAACACAAAAUGACAAACACUUCAAUCGAGUCGUUGCUGUCGAAUCCUGAUUUUCUGCGGCAUCUAGAAUUGAACUGGAGCUCGAAUGCUGAUCUGUGGAGAUUGACUUCCGUCACUCAACUGCAAGAACGAAUGCCUUGGUCGAAAGCUAAGUCUACGGAUCGAUGCUCAACAAGGAAUCCCUUCCGCAAGCGGUAGUAGUAUUUGGAUCACACGAUCAGUGUUUUCAAUGGAUUUGCUAAAGUGCAACAGAAGAGUAGACAUAUUAGAGCUAAAACUUUCAAGUCAGCUAAAGCAUUUAGGCAUUCUUGCAUGGAAGCCAAGUUCAAGACCUUUCUAGUCAGGACCCAUUAGCCAUGCUUUAUUACCUCACAUGUCGAGGAAUCAGAACGAAGAUGAUUACGAUGCCGCUGACAAUUGAGACUUCGGUGUGGAAUGGAAUUUAGGCGAUUGACCCAAUGGCAGUUCGAAAAGAGCUAGCCCCCUUCAACCUUCGGCUGGACAGGUCAUUGGUCUCGGCGGAAGAGAUGAUAGAUCGCUUUUGCGGGAGGGCUCACACAGUUUCAUUAACUUGUGAAAUAAGUCGCGGCUGAAAACCCACGACGAGACCUCGGGGAUAUUCACAAGUGAACCUAAUAGUCGCUUAGAUAGACAUCGCGUUCUGCGCCUAUGUGGGCUCGGUUAAGCGGCUCAACGAAUGAAUUGUCGCCCUUUUGGCGGUCGUAGGACGGAGUAUUGAUUGUAUGUAGAGGAGCCGAAGAUACCCUUUUUUAGUUCGUCAGAAAGAAAGCUAAAUAUGGCGGUCUUAAUUAAUUAUCUGACUCGAAGCUCGGUAUACGCUGCUGAUCUAGAACAAGUGAAUCCGCUCAGGGUCGAUUUCAGCUG